UCUGUCGGUACCAGAGUGCAUUGCGGCAAAAUGGCUGCCCCCAGACGGCGCUGCGCUGGCCUAGUUCGGUCUUUAUUCGGGGCCUGGCAGCUGGGCCCGCAGGCUGGGAGGGAGUGGGUGGCUUCGCCCGGCUCGCUUCUAGGUAACCAGGCGAGGUGCGUGUCCUGUGUCGGGGGUGCCAUUUCCUCUGGUCCCCUCCUGGCCGCCGCUUCUGGUCGCUAUGGUCAGGAUUCCGCCUUGGACCGAAUCCUUGGAUUCCCUCAGCCUGACAGUUCGUUAGCUCCGAGCGUCCCCGCGGUGUCGGUACACAGAGAUGAGCAGAAUCUGCUCUUGGUCCAUACUCCUGACAUGCCUGAGAAUCCACGGGUCCUCCGAGUGGUCCUCCUGGGAACUCCAAAUGCAGGAAAGUCAACACUCUCCAAUCAGCUGCUGGGCCGUAAAGUAUACCACACUUUUAUCAUCCCAACCCCUAUACCUCCCUUUUUACACAUUUCACUAUCUUAUGUAUAUGGGUGUUUUGCUUUCAUAAAUGUCUGUGUGGUACUUGUGUGCCUGGUGCCUACAGAGGCCAGAAAACCCCAGGAUGUUAGAUCCUCUGAAACUGCAGUUACAAACAGUUGUGAGCCAGCAUGUGGGUGCUGGGAAUUGAACCCAGGUCCUCUGGUAGAGCAGUCAGUUCUGUUAACCACUGGAUCAUUUACCCAGUUUCCUUAUACCACCUCUUUCUCGUUUUGUUUUUUUCAUUCACUUGUUGUGCCUGGGGAGAUGGUCUGGGCGGGAUCAAAGAUCUCACUGGAACCUCUUUCUUCCUGGAAGGUGUUUCCUGUCUCCAAGAAGGUACACACCACUCGAUGCCAAGCUCUAGGGGUCAUCACAGAGAAGGAGGCCCAGGUGAUUCUGCUCGACACACCUGGCAUCAUCAGUCCUGUUAAACAGAAGAGGCACCAUCUGGAGCUGUCUUUGUUGGAAGACCCAUGGAAGAGCAUGGAAUCUGCUGAUCUUGUUGUAGUUCUUGUGGAUGUGUCAGACAAGUGGACCAGGAGCCAGCUGAGCCCCCAGGUGCUGCAGUGUUUGACCCGCUUCUCUCAGGUUCCCAGCAUCCUGGUCUUGAACAAGGUAGAUUGCUUGAAGCAGAAGUCAGUUCUCCUGGAGCUGACAGCAGCCCUCACUGAAGGUGUGGUCAAUGGCAAGAAGCUCAACAUCAAGCAGGCGGCACACCUUGGCACCCCCUGCCCCAGCCCUGCAACUAGGGACCCCAAUACUCACUCAGUGAGAAACCCUCAGAGAAUUGGCUGGCCCUACUUCCAGGAGAUCUUCAUGUUAUCAGCACUAAACAACAAGGAUGUGAACACACUAAAGCAGUACCUUCUAGCACAGGCCAAGCCAGGACCCUGGGAGUUCCAUAGCGGAGUCCUCACUAGCCAGACCCCUGAAGAGAUCUGUACCAACAAAAUCCGAGAGAAGCUCCUAGAGUACCUGCCUGAGGAGGUGCCCUACAAUGUGCAGCAGAAGACAGUGAUAUGGGAGGAAGGACCAAGUGGGGAGCUAGUGAUCCAGCAGAACCUUCUGGUACCCAAAGAAUCUCAUAUGCGGAUCCUGAUUGGCCAGAAGGGCCUCUUGAUCUCCCAGAUUGCACAGGAAGUAGGCCGAGACCUCAUGGACAUCUUCCUCUGUGAUGUUAACAUCCGCCUCUCCGUGAAACUUCUCAAAUGACCAUCCUCUGUUGCUGUUCCCAGGGCCUCCCUGCUCGAGCUUUUGGGAAAGUAACUGACUAGAACUACCCUGUGAAAGGGGGGGCUGCAGGGCUGCUAAGGGCCAUGGACACUGGGCUGCUAGCCAGUCUGGACUUGUUGAGUCUGCACAGUGCCUGCCCAACCAUGUUUUCCGUUGGAGGAGAGAAGCUGCCUUAGCUCAGUUCUCAGGUAGUUCCUCUGCCUGGGGUCUCAGCUAUGUAGGUCUUAGAAGUCUAUCCCUGUGGUGUGAAUAGGGUCAUUCCAUUCAUCCUGUAGCAUCGGACCCAAACCCAAACUCUUGCCCUGUUUCCAGUUGUUGGUAGGAAGAACCUUUCUCUUUGUCCCCAAGUUCCUCACUUUGAAGUUACAUAAGGACCUGUGUGUUUCAUUUUUUUAAUGGUUUAUUUAUUUCCAUUGGUGUGUCUGUGUAAGGCUGUUGGAUCCCCUGGAACUGGAAAUGUCUAUAGACAGUUGUGAACUGCCAUGUGGUGGCUGGGAAUUGAAUCCAGGUCAUCUAGAAGAGCAGCCAGUGCUCUCAACUACUGAACCAUCUCUUUUCAGCUCCCCCUCCCCACCUUGAGACAGGGUUCUUACUAUACAAUUCUGGUUGACUAUUGCCAUGUAGACCAGGCUAACUUUGAACUCACAGAAAUCCAUCCACCUGUCUUUCCUCCUGAGUGCUGAGAUUAAAGGCGUGCGCCACUACUGCUGGCUUCAACCUUUAGUUCUUAAAUGAGAUAGUCCCAACCACCUGUUCACCCAAUUUCUUGAUCCUUCCCACCCCAUCCUGCUACCCAGACCUGGGUGCUAAUAAAGUUAAAUGACAAGUGUU